CCCCGCAACAGAAGAGUCAUGUUUGUGGAAAUAAAUGAAUAAUGCAAACGCAUGUCAGUGCAUUAAUCAUUUUCACUGAUGCUUGAAAUUGAAUUACUAAAACUAAUUUGACUGCGGAUCGACUGGAGGAGGAGUAAUGCAGCAAUACUUGCUGGACACUUCUUUAGGUACAUUUGUUGAAUCUAAUGAAAUCCAAUACUAGCAUGGUAUCAAUAAUUCUUCACCAAGUUAAAAAAGCAUUUUUUAUCCAUCAAUUUUAUUACUAUUUAUUACAUGUUUUGAAAAAAUAUAUUUCUCUUAAGAAGUAGUAGAUGAGCUAAUGCUUGCAAAAAAAACAGUAUUGGAACAUUGUCAUUUGUCCAAACUCUUUAAUCAUAUUUUUGCGGCGAGAAAGCGGAUACUUUAUUUUAAGGCCACAAAGCCCUGCCCUACCUGUUACUUGAGGAGAGAGUCAAGGAGCAAAGAUUGCCUGCGAGAGGGAGAGAAGGCCUCCAAUUGGCCGAUUAGAGGUGAAUUGACGCGGAGCCUUUAUUUUUGCAAGCCUCCCAAAACUGACAAGGGCUUGGUGACACCUAUAGCGUCCGUCCGUCCACACAAAGCUUCUUAACAAACCUGAAGUUUGGACUGAAGAUGCAAGCAGCUGGCCGCCUGAGACUGAGGAUGUGGCUGGAGGAGCAGAUUGAGUCUGGGAAGUAUCCGGGAGUCUGCUGGAUCGACAAGUCAGAGCGAGUUUUCCAAAUCCCGUGGAAACACGCAGCUCGUCACGGCUGGAGUAUCGACCACGACGCCACUCUCUUCAGGAGUUGGGCCGAGCACACUGGUCGAUACCGUCCGGGCCAACACAAAGCAGACCCAAAGACUUGGAAAGCCAACUUCCGCUGUGCCCUCAACUCUCUCCCUGACGUAUUUGAGCUACGCGAGCGCAGCAACAAGAGAGGCAGCGACGCCUACAAAGUCUACAAGAUGCUCCCUGGCCCCCCUCGCAACCGAGGCCUCAGGAUGCCGAGUCAGCGCCUCAAAAAGCAGCAAAGUGUCAGAGGGAUUGCAUCAGUUGAGGUUUUGCCACUGCCAUGGCAACCUCCAAGCGGCACUUCAAGCACUCAUGAGGCAUCACUCAGCGUCACCAAUAUACAGAACACGUCAUUGGAGACCAUGAAGGAGGAGGACGCAUCCAAGGUAUCACGAGAGGAUCCUCCAGACUAUCAAAAGCUGAUUGGUCACAGCAGCAGCACUGCUGAGGCGUGCUACCACACUUGUGCUCAGAGAGGAUGGAAGGCUUACUCACUGUGGGACCACUGGCACUGUCCAGUUGAUGACACCUUCCUCUCCCUGCACAUAGACAACGGCAAUGAGGUUUUGGGGGCGUCAGAUCGGUUCUUACAUCAGCAGACCCUCCCAGAGUGGCAACAUCAGGAGCAAUGUGUCUGUGUGUGCAUGUCACAUACCUGAUGACUUUUUAUUUCUGCAAAGUCGCUGAAAUAAAAGAUGAAAGAUCUUGUUCCAAGCCACGCAUUAAGCUCAUGUAACUUCUUUAUGCUUAAGUGCUUCAUACUCACGUCAGUGACUCCCUGCAGCAACAAAAUGAAAAGAUCUCAUUUCACAUUAUUAGGACCAGUAGGGAAAAAAAAAUGAUGUUCAAUGAAAACCAGUUUUGCACACCAUUGUCACAAACAUAAAAAAAUCUCAAAUUUUUAAAUUGGUGUGAAAAUUUCACGAGCCUCCUAAA